AAUUCCAUUUUUAACAGUCGGCACGUGUUUUUUUUUUUUUGUUUUUUCAAUUAAUUCCAGAAGUUUGCAAUAUUCUUUAUAGAAGCUUGGUGAAAGGAUAUCUUGAAAAUGGGAAGGUUUCGUUCAAAACUAAAGCGUCACGUUAAAGGCAAAACCUGGAGUAAAGGACACUCUUCGACCUGCAACCCGGAACAAAUGAAACAUCGACUUAAAGCUAAGUCGCGCUUCUUUCAAACAAAUUUAAGUCUGGCAUCCCCUGACACGACGACAAGUCCAGGCACAUUAACUUUAGAUGCAGUGUUAAAGCAUGAUCAGCGUAACGCUUUUAAUGCAGAAACUACCACAGUUAACGAUGUGGCGAGCAGUUUAAAGUGUUUUAGUUUCCAUGAUGACGAUGAUGAGGCCAUGACCCAAACCCAACCGGGGACUUUUAAGACUUUUGCUACCAAUUAUACUUCGUGCAGUAAUAAAAGUUUUAGAAAGUUACUGGUGGGUUUUCGCACCACAUCCGAAUUGCAUAAAGAAAUGUUAGCUAUUUUAACAGCACUAACGGAAAUCAUCAAGGAACGCGGCGGCUCAGAAUCAUCUACAGAAUAUUUUAUACUUUUAAUGGAACAAAUAGAAGCUAGCAAAGAGGACAAUGAAAUUAUAGCGGGUAUAUCCUUGUUGGCGAUGGGCAUCAAAUCAGUGCCCACCAUGGUAUUGAGAAAACGCUUCAGUGAAACCGCUCAAACUCUAAUGUUUUGCCUGCAAAGAUUCGCUGAAUCUUCGAAUCAAAAUGUUAUAAGAUAUACAAUCAGUUGUUUAUCGGUACUGUUAAGAGCUCAGGUUUACACAACUUGGACUUAUAGUUCAAUCUGGAAAUACAUUGAUGCUUUACUUUCGUUUACAAUCCACUCAAAGCCAAAGAUACGCAAACAAGCCCAACAUGCCAUUGUAGCCAUCGUUCAUGGUAGUACGUUCAUGUUACCUGCAGAAAAUGUGAAUUCAGUUGAAAAUCCCACUCAAAUUAAAGCUCAUCCUGCUAGUAAUCGGAUUACCAAAUUCUGUUUAAAUCAAUUUAAACCAGAUAUUCUAGCUCAUCAGGAGACUACGUUGUUGCAUACACUGACACUACUCAAAGAUAUAAUUGGGGCGCUUAAAAUGAACGACAUACGUGUGAUCUGCGAACAUUUGCUUUCCAUUAUGACAGCAGCUAACGUUGUGACAAGGACAAGUUGUUUCCACACGUUACAUUCAUUGUUUGCUUCGCGGACCACUAAUCUUAAUUCGGUAAUGUGUGGCAAAUUGCUAACGGCCAUACAUAAAUAUCGACCUGAUCGAUCAGAUCGUCGACAGACUCUCGCCUGGUUCACUGUACUCAAAGAAGGUUACAUUCACUUAUCACGACUCGAUAUGGAUUUGUGCAUGAACGCCUUACCUCAUUUCACCAAUGUGGCAAACGAUUUAUGGCGAUCCGAUCACUCGGAAAUCAUUGCAAGCGUUUUUAACUGUCUUAAGGAGUUUUUAUACGAGUCAGUCAAAGAAGCUUGUACCUCGCAAGAAGCAGCUAAUAUGUACCAAUUGCCUAUUAGUCAUCUCAUACAAUCUUUGCACGAUGUUCUACGAGCUCCAUUUGGAGAGGUUCUCAAACAUGUGAUCUUAACGUUUGCCAUAAUAUUUGAAGUGUGCGGCAUCUAUUUUGUUAAUGAUUUGUCGAAGUCGCUCUUGGAACUUGCUAAACGUUACGAUACCGAAAGUUCUUUGCGCCUACAAAUCGAACACGCAAUUAUGGCAGCAAUUAAAUCAAUGGGUCCUGAGGUUGUAUUAAAGACCAUACCUCUGACUAACGAUAAAGGAGAAGUAAUGCUAGACAGAUCUUGGCUUCUACCCUUACUAAGGCAGGGAUCGGUCGGCGCUACUUUUACAUUUUUCAAAGAAGUUAUUUUAACAUUGGCUUUGGAAUGCAAUACAAAAUGGCAUAAAUUUGCCAAAGAAAAACAAAUAUCCAUGUCACAUACUUAUGAAUUACUGUGCUGUCAGCUCUGGGGUUUAUUUCCAGGUUUUUGUAGAAAUCCUAAAGACCCAGAGAACUUUUCCCUAAUAGCUCCCACUUUGGGGAAUGCGUUGGAUAACAAUCCUGAAUUUCGCGCCCCAAUAUUUGAUGGUUUACUUGAGCUAUUGGAAGGAGAAAAUAAUCUAGAAAUUCAUGGAUUGUUGGGAAAUUACGCUAAGAAUUUUCUACCACGUCUAUUUAACAUCUACACGCAAAAGCCUAACGGUACUUACGAACAAGAUUUACAACAGAAAUGCUUACACGUUAUAAAGGUAUAUCUAGAAAAAACUCCUGCUGAUAUUCGUAAAGAAUUAUUUAAUACCGCUUAUAAACAAGUCGUUUCCACUCCAGUAGUUAGUUUCGAUUAUUAUGCCAUUUAUGACAUCACAGCUGCUUUAACGCUCUUUCAAACAUGCGAAGUUAUCAGGGAAUUCUUUGAAGCAUAUAUUGUACCGGUACUGUUGAAGACGGAAAAGUCCAAACUAGUGGCUAAAGACGAACAAAAGCUUAAAAAGCAACAACGUAAAACUUAUGAAUUACUAAGUGACAUUCUAUCUUCAGAAGCGCCUUCUUGUCAAAAAUUUAGACGUAGAAAUCUGGUAGCGCUGCAAAAACUCUUAUUAGAGGCUUUUACAACGAGUUGUGCCGUUUGCCAAGCGGCACGCUUAAGGUGUCUUAAAGUUCUUAUCGAAAGUCUUGAUAAUCUUAAUGCUAACAACAAAUUAGUUGUGAAGACUUUACCAGAGGCUAUUAUGAACUAUCGAGAGUUUUCUACUCGUAAAGAGGAUAUAUCGCAGGAGUUACUGAAGUUAAUCUUGCAAUUAUAUCAGCAAGAGAACAAACUUAAUGACUUCGUGGAUAUAUUAGCAGUGGGUUUUACCGGUGAUGAGUCCUUAGUAACUAAUACGAUAUUAGCGUUCCGAACAGUUUUACAAGAGCAGGGUAAAAAUAUAACUGUUAAUACUUUGGAAUUUAUUAUGGAGCAAGUCGCUGUAUUUUUGGUGCAAAAAUCUCGUCCACAAGCCGAAGCUUCCGUGGCAUUUCUAAUUACUUUUAUUAAGGUGAUGCCUUCCCCUUUGGUCGCCAAUCACUUAGAGACAAUUAUGAAAUCUAUAUCGGCUAUGGUUAAGGACACUAAACGUUAUUGCCGCUUACAAAUUGGCUAUUUGUUAAAGAAAUUAUGUAAACGUUUUGCCGCCGAAGACUUAGUGAAAUUUGUGCCGGGAGACGAUGAAGUUACCCAUCGACGUCUAAAAAAAAUACGUAAGCAAUUACGCCGCGAUAAUCGUAAGAACCAAAAUCCAGGCAAAGAUAGUGAUGACGAGUUAUCAGCGGACGAAUUUGUAAACAAUUUGGAAAAGAAAAGCAUUACCAUUGAAGACAUAUUGGCUGAUUCAGAUUCCGAUUUACCGGAAGAUAUGGAAACAAAUGGAAAUGAAUCGUCUACGAAAACGAAAGCUAAAAAGUCUCGUAAUACAUUUAUAAAGGAAGAUCCGGAAGAUAUUGUAGAUUUGGCAGAUAUUAAAUCCGUAGGCAAUAUUUUAACGAAUCGCCCGAAUAUGUUAAAUGAUAAUAAGACAACUUUAAAAACCAAAACGAAGGAUCCCAAUCGCGGUUUUAAGAUUUCCGCUGAUGGUAAACUGAUAAUUAGUGAUAAAGGGUCCAAAAAUACAGAAGACAGUGACGAUGAUAGCAGCAUUAACGGCGAUGCUGUUCAUGCUGAUACUCAUACGAAAAAGGCAUCAAUUAAACGCGGUUUGGACGAGGAGUCUAGUGAUGAAGCAGCUUUACCUCCAGUUAAACGCAAACAUACAGACGCUUUGAGUAUACAUUCGGGUAAAACCUCUUCUACACGUUACACAGCUGGUGGAAAAGGAAUACAUCGUUCAUUAGUAAAAGCACACGUUGACAAUGAUGUCCAGUCCAUUAAAUCAAGGAAAUCGACUAAAGCUGAGCAUACAGGCUCUGAGUAUAGCACUAAAAAAGCUAAAGGGGAUAUGAAAAAGAAAGGUAAACUGGACCCUUAUGCUUAUAUACCUUUAAGCAGAAAAAGUUUGAACCGAAGAAGACGAGCCAAGCAUGUCGGCACUUUUAAGAGCAUCGUUAAAGGGGCCAGUAAAAGUGCUUUAAGGGGAGUUAAAAAUGUAAAGCAUACGAGAAGUGGUAAAUAACGCAAUAAUAAUGCAAGUAUUCCCUCCCAAGUCUUCGUGUCGAACAAAGGCUUAAUAAAGAAAAAUAAUUGAAAAUAGAUGUUACAUAUGUCCAAGUUGUAAUUAAUACA